AUGCGCUUCAAAACAUUGGCACCUUUUGUGUUCAGAAUGGCGGAAAAUUCUGAUGAAAUAAUCGAUCAUAUUAAAUUGGAAGGUUCAACACAAAUUUUCAUAAAUGCUCAAGAAAUUCAUAAGAGUAAAUUGUAUUGGGAAAAUCCAGAAAAAUUUGAUCCUGAAAGAUUUAUGCCAUCCACGAGCAAUGAAAUCAAAAAGAAUUCUUUUCUUGCAUUUGGAGGUGGGAUGAGAUUAUGUCCUGGUAGAAAUCUAGCGAUGGCUGAAUUAAAAACAUUGUUGGUUUUGUUAUUUAGCAGAUAUAAUGUUGAAUUGGCUGAUUAUUCUGCACCUUUGAAAACUCAAUGCACUAUAGCAAAUCAUUGUGAAGAAUUAAAAGUAAAGCUUACUAGGAUUAACAACUGA